CCUUGUUCUAUUACUCAUUGACUGGUGUUGGGUAAUAGAAGGCAGACACAUAGCUAAGACCUGAUCUGAGCACAGACCGAAUUAAUCUUGGGUGAGUUCACCUGUCAUUGGGCAAAUAGGUCAGCAGUUCACCAGAAGACACCAUUAUCACCUGCAGAGAGAUGGAGAAAGACAUUGAUGGUCUGGACAACCCCACAUUUGAGAUUGAAGAUGUCAACCAAUACAACAUCAUAUCUUCCUAUAACGCCAAAGACCCCGGGGAUGAUAAGGAGAGGAAGAAGAUCAGUCCUGACUAUAAUGAGCGGAACAAACCGGCAUACAUGGUGACAGAUGUGCCGCCAUGGUACUUGUGCAUCUUUCUUGGUGUCCAGCAUUACCUGACAGCACUGGGGGGUAUUAUCGCCAUCCCCCUAAUCUUGUCGAAAGACCUGUGCUUGACCCAUGACCCGCUGACUCAGAGUAACUUGAUCAGCACCAUCUUCUUUGUCUCCGGGAUUUGCACCCUCCUGCAGGUUCUGUUUGGGGUCAGGCUUCCCAUCUUACAAGGAGGAACUUUUGCCUUCCUAACACCAUCCCUCGCCAUGCUGUCCCUCCCGCGGUGGAGAUGCCCAGAGUGGACCCAGAAUGCCAGCUUGGUGAAUGCCACCUCUCCUGAUUUUAUUGAAGUUUGGCAGUCAAGGAUAAGGGAGGUUCAGGGGGCCAUUAUGGUCGCGUCUUGUUUCCAAAUAUUUGUUGGAUUUUCUGGUCUAAUCGGCUACCUCAUGCGAUUCAUUGGCCCAUUGACUAUCGCACCUACUAUCACGCUAAUCGCACUGCCUCUCUUCGAGUCUGCUGGUUCUGACGCUGGAGCACACUGGGGGAUAUCGGCCAUGACCACAUUCUUCAUAGUAUUGUUCUCUCAGUACCUGAGGAAUAUUCCAGUACCAAUUCCUUAUUACUCUAAAAGUAAUAGAAAGUGGCAAUACUCCAGGACCUACAUCUUCCAGAUUUUCCCGGUCCUUUUUGGCAUUUCGAUCUCCUGGCUGAUUUGUUACAUCCUGACCAUCACCAAUGUCUUUCCAUCCAGCCCGAAUACAUAUGGGUAUUUAGCUCGUACAGAUGUGAAAGGGAAUGUACUUGAUCGUGCCCCAUGGUUCCGCUUCCCUUACCCAGGACAGUGGGGAAUGCCUACCGUAAGUAUGGAAGGAGUGUUUGGUAUCUUGGCUGGAGUUAUCUCAUCCAUGGUGGAGUCAGUUGGUGAUUACCACGCUUGCGCUCGUCUUUCGGGGGCACCUCCUCCUCCCAAGCAUGCCAUCAACAGAGGAAUUGGUAUAGAAGGCAUCGGUUGCCUACUGGCUGGAGCUUGGGGCACUGGGAAUGGCACGACUUCAUACAGCGAGAAUGUUGGUGCUCUGGGAAUCACAAGGGUUGGAAGUCGGAUGGUCAUUGUUUUCGGAGGGAUAGUGAUGCUUCUACUGGGCAUGUUUGGUAAAAUUGGUGCUAUAUUUGCCACUAUACCGACUCCAGUAAUCGGCGGAAUGUUCCUGGUGAUGUUUGGGGUAAUUGCGGCAGUUGGGAUGUCCAAUUUGCAGUUUGCUGACAUGAAUUCCUCCAGAAAUAUAUUUAUAGCUGGAUUUUCCAUAUUUUGUGGCCUGACCAUUCCAAACUGGGUGAACAAAAAUGCAGCACUUUUAGAAACGGGAAUCAGUGGGCUAGACCAAGUGAUUCUGGUGCUACUAACUACAGGAAUGUUUGUCGGAGGUUCCCUAGGCUUCAUUCUAGACAACACCAUACCAGGCACAAAGGAAGAGCGAGGACUCAUUGCUUGGAAAGAGGUGAACGGUGAGACAGACUUGGAUUGCUGCGAUGUGAACAAUGUCUAUGACCUUCCCUUUGGCAUUGGAACAAAAUUCUGUACCGCCUCCUGGCUCCGAUAUGUUCCAUUCUGUCCCAAACCCAAAGAAAUGCCUUUUGUGACUAAUGAGAACGGUGACUUAAACAGCUACACGGAGACAAAACACUGAUGGCGUCCAAUGCGUCUCACAGGUCAUGGACAUUACCAGGCGGCUGUACAUUGGGAGUCUCCAGGAAGCACCUUUCACUGCCACAACAAAUGGGAAACAAAAUGUCAUAGCAAAAAAAAAGAAAUCCAGACUGUUUAAAUCAGAUGUUUAACUUGUAUAUAUAUAAUCACGGAAAAUGUCCACGCAUUUAAAUUGUACUUUGUCUAACCUACCUGUAAUCCUCCCUUAUGUUAAAUAGCCACCCUCUACACACCAGCUGAAAAUCAAAACCAGCUGCAGUGCUUACUGAAAAAAGGGGAAAGCUCAAUUCUGGGCACUGUCAUUUUAUUAUAUAGUGCCUUUUAAUAAUUGAAUGUCCAAUUACUUCAAAUGGUUUAAAGAGUACUUUCAGUAAGUACAGCUCUUCUGUUCCUGCUGAAAGGUUCACCCACAAAUACCAUCAGCAUUGGCAUCAGCUCUGAAAUCGUGUCUCUGCCCCCGUCUGCGACUGGCCAUUCCCGAUAGGAAACCUGCGAUCGUGCAAUAGGAGUCAUAAUCUGGUUAGAGUGUUACUAAACCCAGAACCCUGCAUUCAUUAUAUGUAGUCUCCUAUAGUACACUCAUACAAUAUAAUGCAAAACCACAAUCAAAACAAAAGCAUGUGGCUGGUUAAUCAUAUAUGUUUAUAUAUACUGUAUAUACGUAUUUGUUAAUGUGCUUGAAGUGAUAUUAAAGGCAAAAA